GCAACUGGUCACACUGGCAAACAAUGCUGACGACACGACAAAUUCGUUUUAAAACUUUCUUGCGUGCGUAAAAAUGCGCAAGCACGCUGCCAGCGCAACAAACGCACCCGUAAUUGGAACAAAUGUUUGCUGAACCUCAUCCGCCCACUCAAUGUAAGCGCCAACGUCUCUUCCACCGCCGUCGCCGUCGUCGUCGCCGCCGGAUUAUUUUGUUUACAAUUUUGCUUACACAAGUGCAGUCGUCGAUAGCCUUUAUUUCCGAAGUGACAAGUACGUAGUUUUCGCGUAUCGCUAUCAGAUAGUCACAGACGCCCACGAAGAAAACAAAAACGAGUCCCAAUUCGGAGGUCGAGUGAAAGUUCGGAGGAUCCCCGGCAAGAUGCUGGCCCACUACGCCCAUGUGAUGACGCUGGCCAACAGCAUCAUAGGCGUCGGCAUCCUGGCCAUGCCCUUCUGCUUCCAGAAGUGCGGCAUCCUACUGUCCAUAGUUCUCCUGGUUCUGAGCAAUGGAAUCACCCGGGUUUGCUGCCACUAUCUUAUCAAAACCUCGCUGCUGACACGUAGGAAGAGCUUCGAGAUGCUGGGUCUCCACGCUUUCGGUGCUUCCGGUAAGCUGCUGGUGGAGCUGUGCAUCAUUGGCUACCUGAUCGGAACGUGCAUCACGUACUUCGUAGUCGUGGGCGAUCUGGGGCCCCAGAUAAUCGCCAAGAUUUUCACCCUAAAUGUGGCGGAGCAUCUGCAUCUGAGAAGUCUGGUCAUGGUCGUGGUGACAGUGGUCUGCAUAGUGCCCCUGGGCAUGCUCCGGAAUGUGGACAGCUUGUCGGCCGUAUGUACCGCGUCCAUUGGAUUCUACGUCUGCCUCAUUUUGAAGAUCGUGCUGGAGGCCCAGCCGCACAUUACGGCCAACGACUGGACGGAGAAGGUGCUCUACUGGGAGCCGACAGGCGUGCUCCAGUGCCUGCCCAUCUUCAGCAUGGCGCUCUCCUGCCAAAUGCAGCUGUUUGAGGUCUUCGAUAGUAUCAACAACCAAAGUCUCGACAAGUUAAACGGCAUCGUGCGCAACGCCACUUGGAUCUGUACCUUUGUUUACAUAUCCGUGGGGUUUUUCGGAUAUGUGGCCUUCUGUACUCACACCUUUUCGGGAAACAUUCUGGUGAAUUUAUCGACCUCCUUUGGCAGCGAUAUCAUCAAAAUUGGCUUUGUGCUGUCGAUUGCUUUCAGUUUUCCACUGGUUAUCUUUCCCUGCAGGGCCAGUCUCUAUUCGCUACUAUACCGAAAGGGCCACUCGGAGAGCAGUAGUUACAUACCGGAGCAACGUUUCCGAUUCAUCACUAUCUUCAUUGUUGUCUUUUCGCUAUGCGUGGCGCUUGUUAUACCUUCCGUGGAGCUGAUCAUUGGUUUGGUGGGCUCAACGAUUGGCGUGGCCAUAUGCAUUAUGUUUCCCGCAUCCAGUUUUCGCAAGAUCAUCAAAAAGGAAUCAAUGGAACGCACGCUGGCCCAGUUUGUAUUUGUGAGUGGGUUCCUUUUGAUGAUUUUAGGAACGUACGCAAACCUGAGUGCGAUUGAUGAGAAGAGCUCGGGACCGGAGUUCGAUAUAGUUCCAAUAGUCACGCCCCUGUACCCCGUGGGUCAAGAACCCGCUGUUGUCGGUGAGCUACCCAAACAUUUGGCCAAGGAUCCAAUCGAAAAUGAGAAGAACCUUUUGCUGAAAAAGUUGGAAGUUCAGAAUUCAGAGUUAGUUAAGGAAACUGUAGAGGAAAAGAUACUCGAAAAGCCAAAGGUAUUGCAAACCGCUUCUUCCGAUAGCCCACCGUUGCCUCCACUGCCCAUUGAUGAAGUCCAUGUAGUUCCCUUAGGAAGUGAUAAGGCUGCAAGUGAUCUUAAAAAACCACUAGAAACUGCGGCAGAAGUAAACCCACCUGAAACCAAAUCUGUCGACGUCAACCUGACCGAUGAUAAGCCCAAAGAAAUUCCACCUGUUGUCGUCGCAGCGCCAUCGGAAGCUCCUAAAGUAGAUUCAAGUCUGUUAUCAGCAAGCAAUACAAUUGACGGAGCGGCUAUAAAGAAAGAGGAGGAUGUGGCCGCCGAGGAGCAGAAGGAGAGUAAAGCUAGUGCAGACGAGUUGGCUAAGACCCAAAAAGAACUAAAAGAAACCAAGAAACUGCUGGCAAAAACCGUUGGCGAGCUUAACGAAGAGCUGGCCAAAAAUAAUCCACUUAGCCAGCAGUCUUUGGAGUUAGAGAAGAAGCAACCUUUAAAGGUUGCCGUUAAAGAAGCUGAAGAAUCGGUAAAAUCUGAAAAUACGCUGAAGGAAUCGCAACCUGUUGCUAAAGAAAAGGAGCAGCGCAGGCCCAAGGCUUCAUUAAUGGAUAUACUCACGGAAAAUACUCAUUUGCGCGAUGAAAAAGAAGCCCAUGCCGGUGUUUUCGAACCGCUCUCCUACAAAACAGGAGAGCUGCUUAGGAACUCCAGCCUGGACACAGCAUCGCUGAUCAAGCGGUUGCCCAUCCCUUUGGCCCUAAUGGUAAAUGCGACUCAGCCAAAGGCCACAAAUGACUCGGACAUUAAAAAACCAAAUCUGGAAGACAACGUAGAGGCCAUCCGCCGGGAGCUUCUCAACCUGCGAGCUUCAAAAGACGCAACAGAGCAACCACCGACGAGAGUCAAACGGGAGGCCUCCAACGAGGAAAACUGCCUUCGCGAGCCCAAACUAGAUGAAGUUAAUACAAACGUGGGCGCAGCUGCCUUGGUCUUGAACAUGGAAAGUAUUGGACGUGAUCUCAAAUCCAUCAAAGAUGAUGAUGUCGAGGUGACCACUGAAAACGAAUCCAACAAAGCGAGUCCAAAAGGAACCCAAACCCCGCUGCUUACGUAAUGUGGAAAGUCUACAAAGUAUGCAAAGCUUUAUGUACAUAAACUUUACACGUAUUUAUUUAGUUUAUAAGAGAAUGUAGCCUAGGAGUGUAUAAAAAUAUACAUAUAUGUACGUACCGUU